CUUUUUUCUCCUUCAUCUUCUUCCCUCAUCUUCAUUCAUACAUACAUACUACUGCUUCUACCGUACAUAUACUCGAUACCUUCCCCGGAGCUACCUGCUUACUUGGCCUGUCCUCCUCAUCAGUGUCACCUGCCUCCGAACUCACCUUCUUCCAUCCACAAACAACCAAAACCGACUUCGCUUCUGGUCGUUCGUCCUUGACGUUUCCGACCCGCAGACUACCUUCCGAUUCUUCGUGAUCCCUUAAGGCGACGAAGCCCCCAGAUUUCCCUUGGUCAGGGCCCCUUUCAGCGCUCCCAAGGUCAGAUAUGUCUACCGCUACUGCCGCGACGGCCGCCACUGGCCAGAAACAGCUCGAAAAGAAGCCCGUGAAGUUCAGCAAUCUGCUACUGGGUGCUGGAUUGAACCUCUUUGAGGUCACCACUUUGGGUCAGCCGCUGGAAGUGAUCAAGACGACCAUGGCUGCAAACCGGGGCGAUAGCUUCGCUGGUGCUAUGGGUCGAAUUUGGGGCCGUGGCGGGAUCCUCGGUUAUUAUCAAGGUCUCAUUCCGUGGGCCUGGAUUGAGGCCUCCACUAAGGGCGCCGUCCUCCUCUUCGUCGCAUCGGAGGCGGAGUUCCGUGCCAAGGUGCUUGGUGCGCCCGACUUCGCCGCCGGUAUCGCUGGAGGUAUGGUCGGUGGUAUCGCACAGGCAUACGCGACCAUGGGUUUCUGUACCUGCAUGAAGACCGUUGAGAUCACCAAGCACAAGAUGGCCGCCCAGGGCGUCAAGCCCCCCAGCACCUUCGCGACCUUUAUGGAUAUCUACCGCAAGGAGGGCAUUCGUGGUAUCAACCGUGGUGUCAACGCCGUUGCCAUUCGCCAGACCACCAACUGGGGAUCCCGCUUCGGUUUCUCUCGCCUGGCUGAAUCCGCUAUUCGCAAGGUCACCAACAAGGAUGAGGGUCAGAAGCUCAACGCGUUUGAGAAGAUCCUGGCUUCCGGUCUCGGUGGUGGUCUCUCUGCCUGGAACCAGCCCAUUGAGGUGAUCCGUGUCGAGAUGCAGAGCAAGACUGAUGACCCCAACCGCCCCAAGAACCUCACCGUGGGCAAGGCCGCCAAGUACAUCUACGACCAGAACGGCAUCAAGGGAUUGUACCGGGGUGUGGCUCCCCGUGUGGGUCUGGGAAUCUGGCAGACCGUCUGCAUGGUGGCACUUGGUGACAUGGCCAAGGAAGCAGUCGAAAAACUGACGGGCGACAAAGUCACCGCUAAGCACUAGAGAAGGUUUGAGAUACCCUUCUGCCAUGCGCGGUCUCGGUCGGAGGAGCGGAUGCUAGAUAAUCUUACCCAUACGGUGUGGAACUUGCUCGGUCCGUAGCUAGCUAUGCAUAGGUGCCGACGAGCAUGCCGCAAGAAAGUCUUAUGAAACCAAAACUACCUUAGCAUAAUAAUGUUAAUAUAUUCCAUAUACCAUGAGG